CAAAACCAAAACAAAGUCUCACUCAUAUCAUUGAUUCAUUCAGGAAAAGAACACAUAACAACAAUUGAUAAUUCCGAAGAAAAAGAACAGAAACCACCGAUUUUGUUUCAGAGAUGGCAUUGCAGUGGAUGAUACUCACCUAUGUGGUGGCUAUUGAAGCUGCUAUAGCGAUUCUUAUAACCCUUCCAUCACCAAAGCCCUUGAGGAACCGUUUGACUUCUCUGAUUUCUCUCAUUCUUCAACCUGCGCUUUUCAUUGUUCCCUUUGCUGGGUUUCAGCUCCUAGAUAUAUACUGGAAGAAUGAGCAUAGGUUGUCGUGCACCUCUGAUGUUUGUACAGCUGCUGAGAGAGAUCGAUAUGAAAAAACCACAUACAAAGCUCAGAGAAAUGUGAUUCUGUGUAUUGCAGCAUGCCUUCUCUACUGGUCUAUAUACCGGAUUUGCAAGUUUCAGAAAGAUAUUCAGAGUAUGGAGGAAGUUGAGAAGAGAAUCAAGUCUAAGUAGAAGCUUCUAUUUACAACCUAUAUUGUCAUGGUUAGUGUAAAAGAGAGCUUUUGAAAGAUCUAUAGAUGAGUCUUACUUGUAUGAAAAUGCGACAGUAAUGUGCCAAACUUUGCUCUAUGGCACCUUUAUCAUUCUGUUCUAUGUUUUCAACUUUCUGUAAUUUCUUAUGACUUGUGUGCAGUGUAAUGAUUUAGCAGCCUAUAUAUUUAGGUGAAAUAUAUUUCUAUUCGCUCCUUUUUAA